AUGAGAAACGAUCAAGAAAAAAAAUGCUGUUGCAUGAAACAAUUGCUUAUAUUCUGCCACCCUGGCUUUAUGGUGUAUAGCUUCUUACAAGGUAAUAAUAUCGAGAGAUAUAUUGCACUUUUAUUCAUUAGAAAAUAUUUUGGAAAACUUGAGAGAUAA